CUCACUGACUGUCUCACUAGUUGUUUGUUGUUGCUUGUUUAGUCAAGCAUUAAAAAAAACCAAGUGAGUAGCGAGUAAAUUAAUGGCAACAGAAAAACAGCAGACAAAAUAUGUUGUAUGUAGAAAAUUGCCAAAGAAACGCAACAGUUUCAGUUGGAGAACAGAAAUCAAUUGGUGUAGAACUCUAUGCAGUGGAUGUAGUGCAAAUUUCCAAUUUAUUUACAUAUUUUUUAUGUGUAUCCAAUAAAAACAAUUUAAUAUACAUAACAAAAUAUUAUAAAUAAGUUUUAACACAAACAAAACAAAAAUUUAUGCAAACAAGUGUUAUUUUUUAAAGAAAUUUCAAAUAAAAGUUUGUUGGUGUUUUUUUAAUUUAUUCUUAAAAUACUUGGGAAAAAACCCAAAAGUUUAAAACAAACAAUGGCCAACAUGUCCAGCCAUAAAGAUGAAGAUUAUGAAAAAAAUAUUGAUAAUUUGCAGCAAUGGUUUGAGGAAAAUAAAAAUUUACCCAAACAAAUUGAUCGUCUCCUAUUAGAACGUUUCUAUUUAUGUAUGUAUAAAGAUGUAGAAGAAACCAAGAAAUUAAUUGAAGUUAAUUAUGCGAUAAGAAAUAAAUGUCCACAUAUCUUUAUAAAUCGGGACCCCACAGAUGAAGACAGUCAAAGAACAUUUGAAUAUGCAGAUAUGGUGCCACUACCAGGUCUAACACCGGAAAAAUAUCGCAUAACCUGCUUCCGAUUAUGUGAUCCAGAUCCACGAAAGAUGCAUCAUACCGAAGAUACCAAGGCCUUCAUAAUGAUCACCGAUUGUCGUUUUUCAAUGCCAGAUCUAACAGAUGGUAAUGCUACAAUGCUUUCAGAGGGUGAAGUACAAAUUUUCGACAUGACUGGUUAUAGCAUGAAGCACGCUACUCGUCUAUCGAUAAGCACUUUACGUACAUAUUUGAAAUUUCUACAGCAAGCAUUUCCCGUGCGUAUCAAAGCCAUGCAUAUGAUUAAUUGUCCCUCGUAUUUGGAUCGCUUGAUUAGUGUGGUAAAGCCAUUUAUCAAUAAAGACGUAUUUAAUAUGAUGCAUUUUCAUACAACGGGCAUUGAAACUUUGUACGAACAUGUUCCUAAAGAACUUUUGCCCGAGGAAUAUGGUGGUCAGGCGGGUAAAUUGACAGAUUUAAAAGAAGAUUUUAUGCAAUUGAUGUUUAAGAAAAGAGAUUAUCUAAUGGAUCCAAAUCAUUGGAAAAUAGAGUCAUUAUAAUUUUACAAAUGUUACUUAAAUGAAAAAUUGU